UGGCAAGCUGUACUGAUGGAAGUCUGGAACCAACAGGACCCUGAACAGCUUCUUCUCCAAGCCAUUAGAUGGCUAAAUAGUGAGUCCAGAUCGAGUGACCGAUCAUCAUCACCAAAAAACAGAAUGCAGAACGACGCUGGUGAAUUCGUGGACCUGUACGUCCCACGUAAAUGCUCUGCAAGCAACAGAAUCAUCGGAGCCAAGGACCACGCCUCUAUCCAGAUCAACAUUGCUGAGGUUGACAAGGCAACCGGUCGCUUCAAUGGCCAGUUCAAGACCUACGCUAUCUGCGGUGCCAUCCGCAGAAUGGGCGAGGCCGACGACUCCCUCCUGAGGCUGGCUAAGACCGACAGCAUCGUGUCAAAGAACUUCUAGGAGAGGAGCCUCUGGAAUCCCUUUGUAAAAUAAAAAUGAAUUAGAAUUUG